GUUUUUCGUUCUGAAAAUAGUGCGGACCGAUUCACCCUACUUAUCAGCUGUUUUAGGGAAAUAAAUAUUCUCAUGUUCUUGCAGUAUGUUUAAGAAAGUGAAUGUUUUCGAUGAUGUUCUACAGAGAAAACGCAAAAUUCUGUGUCGUGUGCAAUAAAUGGUAUAUUCAUAGAUGAAGCGAGACAUGCUAAGUAAUGAAUCCCAGGAUCAGUCUUUUAAGAACUGUGCACUUUAAUUAAGGUGCUGGUUAGGUCGUUACUGGUCAGUCCUUAACCUGUGUUUAGUCGUGUUAGCAUCUUUAAGAAUUAAUACUGUUACAAAAUUAAUGCGAUGGCACACACUCGUAUAAUUCCAGUUUAUGGACGUCGUCCACCUUGUGCUACGUUAUGUAGAAUUGAGGAGUUACAUAUGCGGUUACGUGCUAUGCGAUUGGAACGCUCUCGUAAGCCUGACAAACCCGAGGACUUUGUAUGUUAUGAGGAUUCUGACGAUGAAGAAGAGAGUGCAGUUGCUGAGAAGCAGGUUCUUAAUACGUCAUAUAAUUUUGUUGACUUUGUGCGAGGACGAGAAAUGGGCGGCAGAGAACCCAAAUGGGUUGGCCCAGAAUACGGCUCACGACAUAUUCUAACACACGAAAUGUUUAAAGAGUACUCAGUUUCCCUUAGUAAUAUGAACAAAGUGUUUUGUUCUCAGUGGUUAAGUGACAGACAAGUUGUAUUUGGAACGAAGUGUAAUAAGCUGAUGGUGUAUGAUGUAGUCACACAAAAAUUAGACCAGAUUCCUUCAUUACAAGGCAGAAGAGACUCCAUUACAUUGCCACAAGAUCAGCAAUGUGGGAUCCAUUCAGUGCAAAUUAAUCCCUCAAAGACACUUUUAGCAACAGGGGCAAGGAACUCCAGUGAGAUUGCAGUGUACCGGCUGCCAACUCUGGACCCAGUGUGUGUCGGAGAAGGGGCACAUCGAGACUGGGUGUUUGACAUGUGCUGGCUGGAUGACCAGUUCUUGGUCUCUGGUUCUCGUGACACCCGGAUGGCGCUGUGGCGAGUCCAGGAGGAUGACAUGACUACAAAGCAGGAAGUGCCCACGUAUAAUCAUUUACGCGCACUGGCUGUCAAGGAAUGCAAGUCAGCGCAGAAGGUCCGUGCAGUUGCUUUCAACAAGAGUUUCCAAGAGAUAGCAGCACUUUCACUGAAUGGUUAUAUUCACAUUUGGAAUGCUGAGACAUUUAAGCAGAAGCUGUCAAGGAAGCUGCCAUCAUGCCAAGAAAAUGUCUGCCUAGCCGUUCAGGACGCAGGAAUGUAUGCUGUGGGUUGUCGCUCGUACACUUUGCUUCUGGAUGCCCGAACACUUCAAGCUGUCAAGAAAAUCUCACCACGAUACAGUGGCUGUGGUAUUCGAUCGGCAAGUUUCCAAGGCAAUGUCUUGACUAUUGGAACUGGUGUUGGAAUACUUCUCUUCUAUGACCUCCGGGCAGGGAAGUACCUGGAGUCGAGCAUAAAUUCCAGUCGAACUGUGCACCUUAAGGCAUCCAAAGGCUGGGUGUUUCCUGAUGAAGAAUAUAUCGACGGCUUCCAACAUAUAAAGUACACGCCUGCCAUCUAUACACACUGCUAUGACUCUUCUGGGACGCGACUGUUUACUGCCGGAGGGCCGCUGCCUGCAAAUCUUUACGGAAACUACGCAGGCCUGUGGCAAUGAAUGACGAAACGUUAUACCCUGGUGCGAGGCAGAGCACUUCCUGCAGGGGGUUGUCCUGCUCAAAACUGCAGGAGAGGUGAGACUGUAUCCUCUUCCAAUGAAGUUCCUGUGAUGUAUCAAAAUGCCAUCUCAUCGGUGCAAUGCAAUGAGUCCAAAUCUUCCCCUCAUCUAAUCCAGUUGAAAUUAUCUGUUGGCACCUUGUACUCAGACUUAUCUGUUAAGUAUUAUAAUAAUUAAGUCACCUGCAGAUGUCAGCCAUUCUUCUCGGUUAUGCAGAUGUAAUGGAAAUAAUAAGGCAGGUCAUACAUAGAGAAAAUUAGUUGCUUGUAAUAAGUUUCAUGCAAACAGUUUCUUGCUGAUCAUGUCCAUGAACGAUGAGAAGUAUCGCAUCAACGUUGUAAAUUCUCCACACACACUGCACCAAUAUUGCUAAAUAAUUAAAUGUAAAUGAUGAGAGGCUUCAGGUUAUAUGGGACACCUCCUUUGCCCAUUAUUUUUAGACAAAUCAGAAAGCCACUGUAUGGCACGCACUCCCAACAAAACUGAAGUUGCAGGAAACCAUUCAGCUGAGUUUCACAUAACAGUUGCAUAACAAUGACUUCACGUGACUGGGUUGCCUCUAGUUUAAAAUGUUUCUUUCAUGAAGCCGUAGCCGUGGUACAAUGCCCCCACACUGCCCACAUUCUUGUCAGCUUUGUUACCAGCUGUGGCUGACUUCACUCACCUACCGUGAAGCCCUCUUGUUGUGCUGCGGUCCUGCUGUGAACACGCUCUUUGGUAGAACUGCCUCCACCCUUACCCUCGAUAGCUUCCCUACGGCCUGGUCCUGGUAGCGCCUUCAGGAGAAAAAAAUUGACAUAGGGAUGUUCCUUGGUAAUGCACCGUGGUCGAUCCCAAGUCCCUUGAUGUGUGAAGAAGCUGAGGAGAGGACAAAAUCACUUAUCACUGAGAUUCCUGGUUCGAUAGACACACAUACUACAGGAGAAUAAGGGUAUGAACAGGAAUAACUAUUACUUUCAUGUACUACUGCACUGACAUAGGUGAGCUUUCGCUCCUGUCACCAACACGUCUCUCCUGACUCCGACUGCACACGGCAGGACAGCACCAGGGUUUCACUAACUUGCGAGGCUGCAGAGGAUCGCCAGCAACCACAGAAUUCUGUUCAACCAUUCCAUCACUCUUCCUCAAGUCAGAGAGCAGUCCUUUGAUCCGUAUAUCAUGUUACUAACGUCUCACAAUUCCAUUUCUUCUUCUUUUUCUUUAACUUUCGAUAGUGCUGACAUCCACACAUUCCAGAAAGUGUGUACUGGCCCAAAUGGUUGCUGCUUACAAAAUUCGCUUUCAUCUUAAUGCCGAAGUCCCUCGGUUUUUCUCCAUAUUUGAAGUUCGUCAUUCUCAUGGCUGCUGGGCCAUUUUAUGAGACUGAUUUCAUUCAACUGUUUUCCUGUGUGUGACAUGCCUAACUGAACAUGAACUUUCCAGAAUAACAACACAAAAUUGCUCUGUCUUUUAUUUUGUAUUGUAAAAUGAAAAGGUGUGACCAGAAGAGGUUAAGUCAGUAAGGUCAAUAGAAUGUAUGGUAUUUACUGAAUCUUGGGGUAAGAGAAUUAGAAGCAAAAGUUUGAAAAUUAUGAGUUCCUGUCCAUGAAAUUACACAGAAACAUUUCAUGAAGAAAUAAAUGGCAGGUCAGUUAAUGAGGAAAGGUACAAGAACUUUCAGAUCCUUCGUCUGCUACUCUGUCCAUAAGCAGAAUAUCAUCGUGUCUGCGUAUCUUCUCACAGUAACAUUUUUUGAACAAGUAUGUGAAAGCACACGCCACAGUAACAAAGUAGCGUUCUGCUGUGAGCUUCCCAUCAGUGUAACACGUGCUCUCUAACAGUGCUGCUCUUAUGUAAUGACUGCAUGAAUCUGUAUAAAUCUGUUUGAUCUGGUAACACUGAUGAUCCUCGAACCAGAUGCUUGCGUGUGUUUCCUCCGUCUCUUUCACCACAUUUUAGUUAAUUUCAUUAUCAGCAUUUAAUGAUAUCACUAAUAACUUUGGAACGUGAGUAUUUUCAUGAAACUUGGUUUCAGUAUGAAGUCACUGGAGACAACUCCACUUUAAAACUUUUUAAUUUUAUAUCAUCAAUAUCAUCAGCGUGCCAGCCAUGCAGUCUUCUGAGGUUUGAGUUACAUGCCUAUCCUUGAAUGUUAGGACCCUGAAAUUGCAUGGCAAUGGGUCUUUAAUUAAAUAUACAACCUUUAAAUGUAAUUUUGGGUAACAUAGCAAUUGCAUGAAAUCUUAUUUAUUUUUACACCCGAUAAUGCAUACUGAUAAAUUGUAGUCAAGACAUUUGAAAUUUUUUAUGGAAAUAAGGCAGGUAUGAAAAUUUUGUGUGAAACUUUUUUGUGCAUUAACAUUUAUAAACAUGGUGAGCAUUUAUGUGUGACAACUUAACAAGUAAAAGCAAUCUGGAGGAUAUUUAUGCAGAAUUACAUCACCCGCUUUUAUGAUUAUUAAUUUACAAUUCUUGCCAGCCUCGAUGUGUAUGUGAAAGCAUUUUUAAGAUGGCAAGCAUAAUAAAUAUUUCUAGAAAUUGUUUUUAAUUACUUGGAUUACAGAAAAUCUGAAACUUCAAGAGAUUACAUGUCUCAGCUGAUGUCUGUGAUUUUACGUGCUAGUAUAGAAGAGUGAUGCAAUUUAUGUUACGGCCAUUUACAUAAUUGGCUUAUGUGCACUGGAGUGACCAGACAUUUAGUACAUUCAUCUGCAUGUGGAAUGUCCUGACAAAACAAUCAAAUGCCUCUCAGAUUUUACACUACACAAUUUUAAUUACAUAUAUUUUGGAUAUUUUUGCAGACAUAACUGAAAAUAAAGUUUGUUAAUAUGCAUAAUUUAUUUGUUCUGAGUUUGUUUUGUAUGUUUCAAAAUAACAGGACUUUUGCUUUAUAUUCAAGAGGAACUGUGAUUGAUUCUGUCAGUUUUUAUGUUUUCUUCUGUCCCUUCACAAAACUGCCUAAAGAGAACAUCAAAUAAAGUUGUCUCUGCUGUCCCUCACGGAAAUCCGUACUGAAUAUUUGUUUUCUGUUUCUAUCGAAGGUCCUACAUGUCUGGUCCCUAUAAUAUAUGCAGAUUGGUAUGAUGGCCUAGAGAGCCCACUAAAUUUUUGAUAUGUUCUUACUUACUUUACACAUGUUGGAACACUGUCAGUUUUGAAGGGUUUGUAAAGUAAUAUUGGUACAAACAUUGAAUGUAUUCUUUACAUAAAAUCCAUUGAUGGCUAACAUAA